CCCCUUUGUGUUUCCAGGAAGGACGAGAGCAGUAUGAGCUGGCGGCCACCUCCGAGCAGGGAGGCAAGAAGAAGGGAAAGGGCAAGAAGAAGGAGAAAGACAUGGAUGAACUCAAAAAGGAAGUGGACAUGGAUGAUCACAAGCUGACUCUGGAUGAGCUGAAUCGUAAAUAUGGAACAGAUUUGAGCAAUGGUUUGACUAAUGCUAAGGCGGCUGAGAAUCUGGCCCGAGAUGGUCCCAAUGCCCUCACACCUCCCCCCACCACCCCAGAGUGGGUCAAGUUCUGUAAACAGAUGUUUGGAGGUUUCUCCAUGCUCCUGUGGACCGGGGCCAUCCUUUGCUUCCUGGCUUACGGUAUCCAGGCCGCCAUGGAGGAUGACCCGGCCAAUGAUAACUUGUACUUGGGUGUUGUGCUCUCUGCUGUGGUCAUCAUCACUGGUUGCUUCUCCUACUAUCAAGAGGCCAAGAGCUCAAAGAUCAUGGACUCCUUCAAAAACCUGGUCCCUCAGCAAGCACUGGUUGUCCGCGAUGGUGAAAAGAAAAGCAUUAAUGCAGAAGAAGUAGUCAUCGGCGAUUUAGUCGAGGUGAAAGGCGGUGACCGCAUUCCCGCCGACCUGCGAAUCAUUUCCGCCCAUGGCUGCAAGGUGGACAACUCUUCGCUGACGGGAGAAUCAGAGCCGCAGACACGUACUCCAGAUUUCUCCAAUGAGAACCCGUUAGAGACCAGGAACAUUGCUUUCUUCUCCACCAACUGUGUCGAAGGAACUGCUCGAGGCAUUGUGAUCAGCACCGGUGACCGGACCGUCAUGGGUCGCAUUGCCACGCUUGCGUCAGGACUCGAAGUUGGGCGCACUCCCAUCUCCAUUGAGAUUGAGCACUUCAUCCAACUCAUCACUGGCGUUGCCGUCUUCCUGGGCGUGUCCUUCUUUGUCCUAUCUCUCAUUCUGGGCUACUCAUGGUUGGAAGCCGUCAUCUUCCUCAUCGGCAUCAUCGUGGCCAACGUGCCGGAGGGUCUCCUGGCUACCGUCACUGUAUGUCUGACUCUGACUGCCAAGCGUAUGGCCAAGAAGAACUGCUUGGUGAAGAAUUUGGAAGCCGUCGAGACGCUGGGCUCCACCUCCACCAUCUGCUCAGACAAGACCGGCACCUUGACCCAAAACAGGAUGACGGUUGCCCACAUGUGGUUCGACAACCAGAUCCACGAGGCGGACACGACUGAGAACCAAAGCGGGACAUCCUUUGACAAGAGCUCUGCCACCUGGGGUGCCCUGGCCAGAAUCGCCGGACUCUGUAACCGUGCCGUCUUCCUGGCAGAGCAGAGCAACAUUGCCAUCCUAAAGAGAGAUGUGGCUGGUGAUGCUUCAGAGUCUGCCCUUCUGAAAUGUAUUGAGCUCUGCUGUGGAUCUGUCCAAGAGAUGAGGGAGAAAAAUAGCAAGAUUGCAGAGAUUCCUUUCAACUCCACCAACAAGUACCAGCUUUCCAUCCACAAGAAUAUCUCAACUGAAAAUGAGUCCAGCCAUCUGCUGGUUAUGAAAGGUGCCCCUGAGAGGAUUUUGGACCGUUGCUCUGCCAUCAUGAUCCAGGGCAAAGAGCAACCUCUGGAUGACGAGAUGAAGGACGCCUUCCAGAACGCUUACCUCGAAUUGGGAGGUUUGGGAGAGAGAGUGCUCGGUUUCUGCCAUUAUAAUUUGCCCGAUGAGCAGUUCCCGGAAGGCUUUGCUUUCGACACUGAGGAGGUCAACUUCCCCACUGAGAAGCUGUGCUUCAUCGGCCUCAUAUCCAUGAUUGACCCGCCUCGAGCAGCUGUGCCCGAUGCCGUCGGCAAAUGCAGAAGCGCUGGAAUCAAGGUGAUCAUGGUGACGGGGGAUCAUCCAAUCACAGCUAAGGCCAUUGCUAAGGGCGUCGGCAUCAUUUCUGAAGGCAAUGAGACUGUGGAGGACAUUGCUGCGCGUCUCAACAUUCCAAUCAAUGAAGUCAACCCGAGGGAUGCUAAAGCUUGUGUUGUCCAUGGUGGAGACCUAAAAGACUUGAGCCCAGAGCAGCUUGAUGACAUCCUGAAGUACCACACCGAGAUUGUCUUUGCCAGAACCUCCCCGCAACAGAAGCUAAUCAUUGUAGAGGGUUGCCAGCGACAGGGAGCCAUCGUUGCCGUGACCGGUGACGGCGUCAACGACUCUCCGGCUCUGAAAAAAGCCGACAUCGGCGUCGCCAUGGGGAUUGCCGGAUCGGACGUCUCCAAGCAGGCGGCUGACAUGAUCCUGCUGGAUGACAACUUUGCUUCCAUCGUUACUGGAGUUGAAGAAGGACGUUUGAUCUUUGACAACUUGAAGAAGUCCAUCGCUUACACUCUGACCAGUAACAUUCCUGAGAUCACCCCCUUCCUCCUCUUCAUUAUCGCCAGCAUCCCUCUACCUCUGGGUACCGUCACCAUCCUUUGUAUCGACCUGGGAACUGACAUGGUUCCUGCUAUCUCACUGGCUUACGAAGCAGCCGAGAGCGACAUCAUGAAGAGGCAACCCAGAAAUCCCAAAACUGAUAAACUGGUGAACGAGCGACUCAUCAGCAUCGCCUACGGACAGAUCGGCAUGAUCCAGGCCCUUGCGGGUUUCUUCACCUACUUUGUCAUCUUGGCUGAGAAUGGCUUUCUGCCUCGCACAUUGUUGGGCAUCCGCGUGUCCUGGGACAACAAGUACUGCAACGAUCUGGAAGACAGUUACGGGCAGCAAUGGACGUAUGAGCAGAGAAAGAUCGUCGAGUUCACCUGCCACACCGCCUUCUUUGCCAGCAUUGUCAUCGUACAGUGGGCUGAUCUGAUCAUCUGCAAGACCAGGAGGAACUCUGUCUUCCAGCAGGGAAUGAGGAACAAGAUCUUGAUCUUUGGGCUGUUUGAGGAGACUGCCCUGGCUGCCUUACUCUCCUACUGCCCUGGCAUGGAUGUGGCUCUAAGAAUGUACCCUCUCAGGGUCAACUGGUGGUUCUGCGCCUUCCCAUACUCCCUGCUCAUCUUUAUCUAUGACGAAAUCCGCAAGCUGAUCAUCAGACGCAGCCCAGGAGGUUGGGUGGAACAAGAGACCUACUAUUGAAGACCCCAUGAGCCCGUCAGCUCCCAUUUUCUCCUCCACCCCUCCCAUCGUUGCAUGAAUAUUGUCUUGCUGCUCGGAAUAAAAUUUUAACCUCUGUGGGGGGGAGAAAAAAAAUCCCCUAUUGGAAUAUGUUUUUAUAUUAGUGAAUGCUUGAUACUACUAUUAUAGACACACUGAGAUGGAAUGUGCUGAUAUAUGAUAAAUGCUAAUAAUGACAUGAACACUGAACUUUGACUGACGAUGCGUGCCUUGUUUCUGAAACAGGACCAAUUUUAUACAUGUUUUUAACAGUUAUCAAUGUUCAAUAAAAUACGCUUGAGUCAGGUCCUACAUG